GUGAGGCGAACAUGGCUGAAAGCAGCCGGGGUGGCCCAACGUGCGGCGGGGUGGGCGGCAGACAGGAUCCCAUGUCCAGCGCUGGCGGCAGCAACUUUCCAGAGUACGAGCUUCCCGAGCUAAACACGCGCGCUUUCCACGUGGGUGCCUUCGGGGAGCUGUGGCGUGGCCGGCUGCGCGGGUCAGGGGACUUGUCGCUGAAGGAGCCGCCGGCACCCGCUCUGCCCGGGCGCCGAGGGGUCGCCGACGCCGGCCGGGAGGAUGCCGCGGUGGCCCGGGAUCUGGGCUGCAACCUGGAGGCGGCAGCGGAGCUGAGAGCGGUGUGCGGCCUCGAUAAACUGCAGUGCCUUGAAGAAGGCGAGGAUCCGGAAGUCAUCCCAGAGGAUACUGACCUAGUGACUUUGGGGGUUAGAAAGAAGCUCCUAGAACAUCGGGAAGAAACCAUAACAAUAGAUCGGGUCUGCAGACAAGAAACAUUUGCUUACGAGAUGGAGUCACAUGCCAUAGGAAAAAAGCCUGAAAAUCCCGCAGACAUGAUUGAAGAAGGGGAGCUUAUCCUGUCUGUGAAUAUCUUGUACCCUGUUAUUUUUCAUAAGCACAAAGAACACAAACCAUAUCAGACGAUGCUGGUAUUGGGCAGUCAGAAGCUUACAGAACUGAGAGAUUCAAUCUGCUGUGUCAGUGACCUCCAGAUUGGUGGGGAAUUCAGCAACACUCCUGAUCAAGCCCCUGAGCACAUCAGUAAAGACCUCUACAAAUCAGCCUUCUUCUAUUUUGAAGGAACGUUUUACAAUGAUAGAAGAUACCCCGAGUGCAGGGAUUUGAGCAGAACCAUCAUUGAGUGGUCAGAGUCGCAUGAUAGAGGCUAUGGAAAGUUUCAGACUGCAAACAUGGAAGAUUUCACCUUCAAUGACUUGUAUAUUAAACUGGGUUUUCCUUACUUAUACUGUCACCAGGGAGACUGUGAACAUGUUGUUGUCAUUACCGACAUAAGGCUUGUGCAUCGUGAUGACUGCUUGGAUAGGACACUUUAUCCCCUUCUUAUCAAAAAGCAUUGGCUAUGGACCAGAAAAUGUUUUGUUUGUAAAAUGUACACAGCCAGAUGGGUGACAAACAAUGACAGUUUUGCACCUGAGGACCCAUGUUUCUUUUGUGAUGUUUGCUUCCGAAUGCUCCACUAUGAUUCAGAAGGCAACAAACUGGGGGAAUUCCUCGCCUAUCCUUAUGUUGAUCCUGGAACCUUUAACUAAUAACAAGUGUACCCUUGUGAAAUAACUACUCUUGGAUGGUGACUUUAUUUCCAAGAAAUGCCACUACGGAGCAGGAUCCACUUGAAACAAUCAGCUAAAGUUACCACCGCCCCCCAACCCCCAAAGUUCAAAUCACAGAUUGUCUUACAAAGUAACUUGAUUGCAUUUAGAUGUUUAGAAAUAAAUUAAAUUACUUUAGUAUUUAUUCCAAAGUACAGUUUUCAGUUAGUGCUUUUUGCCCAUUUUUAAGUGAGUUGUUUAUCUUAUUGAGUUGUAGGAGUGUUUUAUAUAUUCUGAAUAUAAAUACUUUGUCAGAUACAUGUAUUCUGAUUUUCUCCCAGUCUGUGGCUUGCCUAUUCAUUCUGUAUCCAUAGUACGUUUUGCUCAUCUAUCAUUAGCAAAAUUCAAUGAAUAAUACAUCAAGUGGUGGCAGUUUUGAAAAUUCUUUGAAGAAUGUGAGAGCUACACCUUGUACCAUUGAGGCUUCCAAGGUUGUCUUAAAUGUGACUGAACUCCACAUUCCCUGGAUGACUAAGAACAUUUACCAUAUAAAUCAAAAACUGAUGAAGACUGUCUAAGCCUGUCUGUCUGAAACAUUGACAGUGCAAUGUUUUAUGGGCUUAAAUGCCACAUAGCCGAUUAAGUCACCUGGUGUGUAGAGGACAAGCGCCUGUUCCCGGUAUGUCUAGUGUGUUCUCAGUCACUGAUGAAGUCAGUACACUGGCUUAUGUUACUGCCUCAAUUUUUACUUUCAUGUUUCCAGUUAUGCUCAAUUUAACAGAUUGAAAAUUCUGCUGGAAAACCAUAGAUUUAUGCAAUUUCCAAAAGUUCCACAGGUAAAAAUGCAUUUUUGCUUCCUUUAUUUUUACACUGCAUUCCUCAUAGGUCUUGCAUUAAUUAGUAUGCAAGGGUCUGUGCACUUUUAUUCAUUCUCAUCAUUUCAUAUUCUCAAAAUGGCAAAUCCCAGGAAGUGAACUGUCAUAAUGGAAGCAUUAAUCCACAUGUGGUGCCAAUCAAUUCAUAAAAGAAAGACUGUCAGUUAAAACAUUAACUGCUGUUGAAAUUCUUGUUGUAUCAUUUAUUGAGAAUGUUAUCCUGCUGGUUCUUAAGGUUAACUUUUUAACUGAAGUUACAAAGGCUCAGAUACCUUUCUAUUAUCGUUUCCUGGUGAAAUGUAGAAAGGAAAAGCUAACUAGGUUACUCCUAGAAUUUGCCACUGUAUCAGUUAUACAGGUCUCCCACCAAGUUCAAGUCAAAAGAAGCUCCUAAAUUUGAAAUAGGCAUAAAAGAUGUCUUGAAUCAGGGAUUUUAUACCUGCGAAAUUCAGUAUUAAACACAACAUGACUGAGUACAUCUACAAAGAAAAAAGCAAAUAUGAAACUGUCAUGAAUUUUCAACAUCCUCUGUAGUGUGAACCGAAUUAGAUUUUGAUAAAAUAGUGGAUGGUCAUGCAUGAAAUCACUACUUAGGUAUUUAUUUCCUUAAACAUCUUUUUCAGGCUUCAGUAUCCUUAAAGGAUAAUUUGACCUUUGUUCCAUUUAUCAUUACAUAGCACAAAUAUAAACACAUUUCUACCUAUAAAGAAGCUUCAUUUCUUAAGGUGUAAUGAUGGGUUUGCUAUUUCCAAUAGAUCAUCCAUUCUCUAGCCAAUGGGACAAAAUAAGUUGUUAGCGGAGCCUUCGCUUUUGUAUAGGACUAGAUGGCAGACUUCAUCUUGACCUAACAUCUUGAGCCAGGUAAGUGUGUGUGGGUACACUACAAUCAGUUAACAGCAAAAACUGGGUAAAAUCAAUCAUCCUACUAAAACACAGGAUAUAACAGCAACUGUAAGGCUUUUCAAGCUAUUUACACAUACAAAAUCCCGUUCAGGUUCUGUAAUUCAUAUAUUACAUCUGAAAUUUCUCCUAGGCAGCCGAGAAAACCUUCAUAAUUUACUUUUUUAAAUGUUAUCCAGUGGUUAAAAAGCACCAAGAAAUAGGUGUUGUUUAUACAUACCAAAAAGAGUUGUUUGUUUGUUUUGUUUUUUUGUCUUUUUUGCUAGCUUCUCAUUUAAAUUAUCCCCUAGUGACUUGUUCAGCUGUGGAGUUUUGACCAAAUACACAAAGUGAGCCAAUGCUCCUGAAAGUGGUAGUUAUCUGUGAAUCAACUUACAACAAAGAGAAACAUUUCUUAAAAUGAAGAUUCAGAUAAAAGAGAAGGCAACUGUGUUUUAACACUACAUAAAUAACUGGUUAGAGCAAGGUCAGCCCACACAAGCAAACAGAUUAUCCAGAAAGCUGCUAUGUAUCUCUCUAGAAUUUGAAUUUGCUGUGGUUUCUUGGUAAAACUAUCUAGAUCUGUUGGGUCACAGAAAAAAAGGGAGGAGGAAUGAAAAAUAACAUUUCCUUUAUUUUUAUCAUUUUGAGCUUACGUUUUAAUUACCCUGUCUCCCCAAACAACACAAUCUCUAUGCCAAGUUAACCAAGAAAUUACUCCCUUAGAAGCAAAUCCAGAAUUCCAACACACUUUUUGUAAAUAGUAAAGAAGUAAUUUACUAGUAGAGUUUGAUAGAAAAAUUCUUUAAUCAAAACAAGUUUACAUGUUGACACCUAUGGCUUAACUAGAAUAAAUCUGUCCAAAUUUAAAUUGUAUUAAGGACCAAACAGAUAUAAUGUAAUAGCAAGAGUUCCCUCGAAACAGUGGGUCCUAGAGACCUCUCGAAAGCAAAACACCAAUUAUUGAAAUAAUUAAAACUUUCCAUCUAUAGAUGAAAACAAUUAUCCGAGAGAUCAAAAACAUAAAUGCAUGUCACAUGCAAACACUGGUAUAAGCCUUUUCCCCAUAUUCCUAAUUUCAAAACAUGAAAAGUCUUUCAGCUACUGAAAACCACCAACUGACCGAAUACCCAAACUCUCUUAGAAAGUCUGCGCGUUAAGUUUCCCGUAGAUUUCUGUUACCCUCAGUUCGCCCUGAUUAGUCCAUAGAUGAAUAUACAGACCAUCACAGCACUCCUUUACUUCGUCUGCUGCCUCGGAACAACGAAUGAUUCCGCUUUUUGCAAGCCUGUCACAUGUAUGAUAUAGAAAUAAAAAUUCCUUAUGUUUCCUUA